AUCGGAGCCAAGUAAUUUUGUUCGAUAUGCCUAACGACCCAGUUCCCAGAAGGGUAACGGCCUGUGAUGCGUGCUACAAACGAAAGAUCAAAUGUGACCGCAUUGGCCCCCAAUGUAAUUGGUGCCUCCACCAUGGCAUGAAUUGCACGUAUUCAUCAGAUUUACGUUCGAAGAGACGACGUCAGGAUAGCAGUAGCCAAAGAAUCAGUUUGAUCGAUCGCAUUCGGCGCAUCGAUGAACGCAGAGCAGAAGCUGGAGUGAUGGAAAGACCACCUGAGAAACAGCCUAUCCACUUAGAGCAAGCAUACCCGCUGCUGCCAUCCCCCAGGAUUAUUCACUUUGCAGGUUGGAAGAUUGGAAAUAUUGCUCCUCAGAUAGGAGUGCCGAGUCUUCUCCCUGAGGGUCUUCGCUGGAUUGAGUCAAGAACCGGAAUCGUUAUCCCUCUUCCAAAUCUUUGCCACGCUCCAUGGGAGAAGCCACCCCUAUCUUCUAUGUCUCCGGACUUAGAUGGUGUCCAUGACGCCGCGUCAACACCUUCUGGGCUUCCCGCACGGACAGUACUGAAGCGAUACCUAGACGUGUAUGCUUCCUCGGCCAUCCACACAAUCUUUCCUGUCAUCAAUUCGUCACUCUUCUCCCAGACGAUACGCGCAGCCUAUUUGCUGCCUGAACACAAUAAGAAAGCCCACUGCCCUAGUUCAAGAGCAUGCAUAUUCGCUUUUCUGGCGUUGAUUUCUAGCUUAGAUCAUCUUGCCACUCGUUGUACAGCCCCCAAACCACCUCCUAUUCCUCGAGACGAGUAUGCUAUGAAGGCCCAGGCUCUUUUGCCGUCUUUGCUUCAAGAACCGCUCAACUUGGAUGCAUUACAGACAGCUCUUCUACUGUCAAUACUAGGGAUACUCACCGGCGAAUUGCAAACAGCAACAAAUUAUAACUCGAUCGCAUCACGUUUCAUCAUUGCUCUGGGAGCUCACACAAUGGGAGAUCCAUGCGCGGUACCAGAAUCUGCCGUCGGAGGCUCCAGAGACAAAGAGACUAGGAAACACCUUCGCGACCUUUUCUGGCUCUGCUACGCCCUCGACAAGGAUCUUUCCUUGCGUACUGGGCAGAGCCACUGCCUCAGGGAUGAAGACUGCGAUCUCCAACUACCACCCGGUUAUACUGAGAAACUACACUCCAGGAUGAGCUAUUCCUCGAUGGAAAAUGCGCACGGUCUUCUGUUUCCCAUCGACUUACGGCUCAGCAUGGUCAAGUCUCAAAUCUUUACCGCUCUCUACUCCCAUCGUGGACUACAGAAAAACGACGCUGAGGUCGUCCGAUCAAUUCGGGAACUAGACGAAGAGUUAGAACUCUGGCGAAUGUCGAUGCCCUCAAAACUGAGACCUAAACUUUCAUUCGCAAAAGAAAACUCUGAAGACCAGCGAGUCGACACCAUGUAUCUUGUUCUGACGCAUUUGAACUACUACUUCUGCGUUAACAUAAUCCACCUAGCCGGAAGUCGAUGCGAAGCGUGGCGUUCGACUUCCACCCCAGCAGGCAUGAUGGACGGACUCCGCUUAAGUCUGACUUUAUCCGUGGAAGCUAGUCGGUCCCUUUUAGUAUUUCUACAUUACUCUGAGUCCCUCGUGAGUGUAGGGAGCUUUUGGACUCUCCUUUUUUAUCCUAUGUCAGCGAUGCUCACAAUAUUCUGUAACCUGCUGGAAAAUCCACGUACUGAGAGCGCAGCGAGUGAUACGCAGCUCCUGGCAGUAACAGAGCACACGACUGAAAGGGUCUUCCUGAGACAAAUUUCUCGAGCUGACAAAGCCGCUCAUCUGCAAGCUAUCACCGGAUUUAUCUCUAGUCUUCGAGAUCUUGCCCAGCAGGCGGUUCACCAAGCAACUAAUGACACGGGGCCAUCAUGAUUCGUUUUCGUUUUUUUAGUAUCUCGGUAAUGUUCUGAGUGAGCACUGAUUUCAUGAGCGCUCUUCGAUAUCUUACGAUCUCAGGUGCGAUGGACUUGACUACACUACCUGUGAUUCUCAGUUUCAAAGUCCCAGGGUCGUGUGGAUCAUUUAUAUACACGAGAAUUCGGUUUCCCGUCCCUUGCUGAUUCCUCUAUAUGCUAUAUACUUCAUCUGUUGGACUCUCAAUUAAUAGAGGAAUCUAUAACAUCACCUAAAGACUUCGGGUAUAUACAACUAUCGAAGUAAUACUCCGUAUCUCGGUCCAAUCAUCCGGUACAUGCGUACAGCGCAUUGACCUAUCUCAAGAGGCACCCCUGUAUAAGUAUGCCUAAACCUUUUUCCCUCAACGCCUCGCUGUGCCAAGA